ACUAAAGUCUCUUCCGGGUGUAUACGUUCAGUUAAGGUGCUCAGCUGCCGAGUAGCGUAGCCUCUCUUUUACCGUUUUAGCCUUCGUUUUUGCCGAAAUGAAUCGUAUUUUUGGAAGAGGUAAACCCAAAGGUCCGCCACCGAACCUGACGGACUGCAUAGGAAAUGUUGAUGGUCGGGCGGAGUCCGUCGACAAGAAAAUCGCCAGGUUAGAUGCUGAACUUGUCAAGUACAAGGAUCAGAUGAAAAAGAUGAGAGACGGACCCUCGAAGAACAUGGUCAAGCAAAAGGCGUUGAGAGUUCUCAAACAGAAGCGAAUGUAUGAAGGCCAAAGAGACAAUCUCAUGCAGCAGUCGUUCAACAUGGAACAAGCCAACUACACAAUCCAAACCCUUAAAGACACUAAAACAACAGUUGAUGCCAUGAAGGUCGGCCUGAAAGACAUGAAGAAAGCGUACAAGAAUGUCAAAAUUGAUCAGAUCGAGGAUAUCCAGGAUCAGCUGGAGGACAUGAUGGAGGACGCCAAUGAGAUCCAGGAGGCGAUGGGCAGAAGCUACGGCACGCCUGAAAUCGAUGAGGACGACUUGGAAGCAGAGCUGGAUGCUCUGGGAGACGAGCUCCUUAUGGACGACGACAGCUCCUACCUGGAUGAGGCCUCAACUGCUCCGUCCAUUCCAGAGGGCGUCCCUGGAGACAGAUCAGCCAACCGGGAUGGUGUCCUGGUGGACGAGUUUGGACUUCCUCAGAUUCCUGCUACAUAGAUGAGCCUACUCAGAAAAUGCGACUCUCUAGUUUUACAUGUAUCAUAGCCCUUUUUCUAUUUAUCCAACUGACACUCCUGGCCUUAGAGGGCAGCGAUGGAAACCAAAGCGCCUGCUAUCCUACUAAUUAUAGACUCUGUAAUGUAAAAUCAGCCUUCUUUAAAUGACUUUCUUCUUGACUGAGCUUGUUUCAAUAUAUCUGAGGUGAUUGUUGGAACUGGGAUUUUCUUAAUUUUGUACAGUUUCCGCAGCACUGAGUUGCUAAGAACAAAAUAAAUUAUAUUUUCCAAACAAUA